CAACACUGGCGGUUACUGCAGUUAUCCUUCUCCCACAGCGUAUUUGUCAGAAAACCGAGCUUUUCGUCUUUCACUUGUAGAAUUCGCACAGAAUUCUGCUGAAUUGACGGAUUUUGCGAAAUUCCCCGGCUUCUCUUUUUUCGCAGGUUCGCUCGCACUCCGAAGGUCUGAGUUGAUAUACUCGAAGUUUGCGAAAAGUCGUGUAACCUGGAUAUCGUUUUGUACAGGCUUGGUUCGCUCUUCUCUCGCUAGACAAGUACUACGGAUAUGUCGAACAGCAAUCUGACGCGAAGACUCCGAGUUACCAUCGUUGCUGCUGACGGUCUAUACAAGCGCGAUGUCUUUCGGUUUCCAGAUCCUUUCGCUGUACUUACGGUAGACGGUGAACAAACGCACACUACUACUGUCAUUAAAAAAACACUUAACCCUUAUUGGAACGAAAGCUUUGAAGUAACCGCCAACGAAAAUAGUACUUUGGCUGUACAGAUUUUUGAUCAAAAAAAAUUCAAAAAAAAAGGACAGGGUUUUUUGGGUGUAAUAAAUGUCAGGAUAAGCGACGUCCUGGAUCUUUCCGUCGGUGGAGACGAGAUGUUGACGCGGGAACUGAAGAAGUCUAAUGACAAUUCUAUCGUUCAUGGAAAACUGAUUAUCAACAUCUCGACGAUGCCGCAAAACACCCUUCAAGUUCCCUCAAACGCUGUCUCUUCUAGCCAUCCUCGAAACACCCAGCUUAGCUUUAGUGCUGACGAGUCCCAGCGCAGCAGUGCGGCUCAUAGCGUCAGCAACGCUUCUCCUCGUCCGGCCUCUCCAACCCGUGAAAACGCUCUUUCUGUUGAAACGCGGAAUUACAGUUCGUUUGAAGACCAGUAUGGUCGCUUGCCCCCAGGCUGGGAGCGUCGUACGGACAACUUGGGACGCACAUACUAUGUUGACCACAACACACGCAGUACGACGUGGAUUCGACCAAACAGCUCUGGUGUCGUUCAUCGCACGAAUGAAGUUCCAGCUCCCAGCAGACCUCCAGCUCCCAAUGCGUCAGUCUCGGAGGGUAUUGCACCUUUAACCGCGGUAUCUGACCAUCGCGCGGAAACAGGCAUGCUCACUUCUAAUGCGACGACUGCUGGAUCCGGUGAACUACCUCCUGGAUGGGAACAGCGGUACACUCCUGAGGGUCGUCCCUACUUUGUUGACCAUAAUACUCGGACAACAACGUGGGUGGAUCCCAGACGUCAACAGUACAUACGUACAUUUGGUGCUAGCAAUAGCACCACCAUACAACAACAGCCCGUCUCGCAAUUAGGUCCGUUACCCAGCGGCUGGGAAAUGCGCUUAACCAACACCGCAAGGGUCUAUUUUGUUGAUCACAACACAAAAACAACCACUUGGGAUGACCCUCGUUUGCCUUCAUCCCUUGACCAAAAUGUGCCGCAGUACAAACGUGAUUUUCGCAGAAAACUUAUUUAUUUCCUGUCUCAACCGGCUCUGCACCCUCUUCCUGGUCAAUGUCACAUCAAGGUUCGCCGUGAUCACAUCUUUGAAGAUUCAUACGCUGAGAUUAUGCGUCAAUCUGCGUCCGACCUUAAAAAACGUCUAAUGAUUAAGUUCGAUGGCGAGGAUGGUUUGGAUUACGGUGGUCUUUCGCGUGAGUACUUCUACCUUUUGUCCCAUGAGAUGUUUAAUCCUUUUUACUGUCUUUUCGAGUACUCCUCGGUUGACAACUAUACCUUGCAAAUAAACCCUCACUCUGGUAUUAACCCAGAACAUCUUAACUACUUUAAGUUUAUCGGACGAGUAAUAGGCUUGGCCAUUUUCCAUCGUCGUUUUGUCGAUGCCUUUUUCGUCGUUUCAUUUUACAAGAUGAUCUUGAAGAAAAAGGUUGCCUUGAGCGAUAUGGAGAGCAUGGACGCCGAGUACUAUCGCAGUCUCAUGUGGAUUCUCAACAACGAUAUCACUGACAUUCUCGAUCUCACCUUCUCAGUUGAGGACAACUGUUUCGGUGAAGUUGUAACCGUUGAUUUAAUUCCUAAUGGCCGGAACAUUGAGGUUACAGAGGAGAACAAGCAACAAUAUGUUGAAGCGGUGACGGAGUGGAGAAUCCAAACCCGUAUCCAGGAUCAAUUCCGCGCCUUUUAUGAAGGCUUCAGUGAACUUAUUCCCCAUGAGUUGGUCACCGUUUUUGAUGAACGCGAACUUGAGCUGCUCAUCGGUGGUAUUUCGGAGAUUGACCUUGAGGAUUGGAAGAAGUACACAGAAUACCGGUCGUACACUGCAAAUGACCAAGUUAUUAAGUGGUUUUGGGAGCUUAUUGAAGAAUGGGACAACGAGAAGCGUUCUCGCUUGCUGCAAUUCACUACCGGUACUUCGAGAAUUCCCGUCAAUGGUUUCAAGGACUUACAAGGUAGCGAUGGCCCCCGUAAGUUUACUAUAGAGAAAUCCGGUGAGCCAACCCAGCUUCCGAAAGCACAUACCUGUUUCAAUCGUCUUGAUCUACCAGACUAUCCCACCAAGCAAGUGCUAGACGCUAAACUCUCGCUAGCAAUUGAAGAGACGAUUGGUUUUGGCAACGAAUAAAUAACGAUACUUAAGCAUUCAACUACGUUUUAUCUACUUUCUUUUACGCGUUCCUUAUCCCAAUGUGUCAAUCAUUGGAUACCAGUUUUCCUACAACGCUUUCAUAAUUCUUCUUCCUCGGCCACGUUCGUAACACGCUUCUUUUCAUUAGAAUGGGCGGGAGUCCUGCGUCCCGCUUCUAAAGUAAUCAAGUUCGUAUUACAACUGGAAUCGCUCCGAUAACUAUCACUGCAAUAUACAUCUCACACGCGGACUCAAUAAGUCAAAAAUGGUCAAUCGUACAUUUUAACUGUACAUAAAUUGUAAAUGAAUGUUCCUUGAUUUCGUUUUCUGUUUGGGUUUAGAGCGUCCAUCAUCAACUAAAUGGGGAAUCAGUUUUCAGUUUUCCUAUUUGAUGAGUGUUGAAUCCAACACAGAAUUGCAAGAGGAAAACAACAUUAGCAGAGUUUUGAGUUCAAUGCACUCGUUUGACUUUUGGCGAAUAAGUAAGUGUAAAUUAAAUCGUUCAUAAAUAAAUUGCAUCGGACUUGUGAAAAGUCGCCAAUCGUCGCUGCUGCUGAGUAGUCAAGCACGUAGAAGGU